AUGACUUCGGUUACGAUUACGGAUAAUGCUAAUAAUCGAACCGAACCAUGCACACCCCUACCAGGUUCACAUAACGAUAUAAACAUUAUUCAUCACUUGCCCCUUUUCAAUGAUAUGAUAAAUGGUGUUAAACCUAAAGGAGCAUUUUUUGUAAAUGAUGUUGAAUACAUGCAUGGGUACUAUCUUGUUGAUGGAAUUUACCCUGAGUGGGCUGUUUUUAUGAAAUCUCUUUCAAAAGAUGGAACCCUAGAUCUGAAAAGAGUAAAGUUUAACAAAGUUCAGAUGGCGGCACGCAAAGACAUCAAGCGAACAUUUGGUGUUUUGAAGAAAAGGUGGCGCAUUUUGAGCAUGGCUUGUCGAUUGUAUCAAAAAGAUCAAAUAAGAAACGUGAUGUACGCGUGCAUCAUUCUACACAACAUGAUUUUAGAGGAUGAAUGCCGGGCAAUAGUUGAAUAUUAUCCCGAGGAGACCCAAUCAAUUAACGAAGACAUUAGUGAUGAACAGAGAACGCAAAACCAAAAUCUAAUCAAGUCACGGCAAAUAAAUGCAAAUCUUCGAGCUGAUUUUGUUAUUUAA